AUGGUUGCCGCCACACUACCACCCGUCAAAGAACGGAAACCUAUCAAGGACCUCCAAAAAGUCUUCCAUUAUACCGAUACACAAUCACGAAAACCGACUCGUGAUAAUGACCCCUACGAAUACCAGGCUGGAUGGGGCAACCGCUUCCAGUCCGAGGUGAUCCCCGGCACACUACCUGCUGGCCAGAACAACCCCCAAGAGGUUCGCUUUGGCCUGUAUACAGAGGGCAUCACGUAUUCUGCAUUUGCUGCUCCUCGACAUGCCAACUUUAGCACUUAUAUGUACCGUGUCCGUCCGGCGGCUGCUCACAAUGGCUACAAGACCAACAUCGAGACCAAAGCCCAUAUCGAGAACUGCUUCCUCUCUAUCAACCCCAAAGUCGAGACGCUCUCUGAACAAGCUGAAUGGGCGCCAUUCCCUCUUCCUGCCGAAACCGAAACAAUUGACUUUGUCGAUGGACUACACACGUUGGGAGGCAGCGGUGAUCCUAACCUCCGAGAGGGCAUUGCAUUGUACGUCUUUAUGAUCAAUGCUAGUAUGGACCAUCGCGCGUUCUGUAACCUUGAUGGAGAUUUCUUGCUUGUUGCGCAACACGGAAAUCUGGAUAUACAGACAGAGUUCGGCAAGAUCUUCUUGCAGCCAGGCGAGAUCUGCGUGAUUCAACGAGGCGUGCGAUUUUCCAUUCGUCUGGGUCCAGGACACAAGGAGGCCCGUGGUUAUAUCACCGAGAUCUGGGGCUCGAUAUGGGAGUUGCCUGACCUUGGACCCUUGGGAGGCCAUGGUCUAGCCAACCCUCGUGACUUUUUGUACCCGGUUGCAUGCAUCGAUGAUAACUUGCAUGAGAGCUGGACUAUUGUCAACAAGUCGAAUGGAAAAUACAACUCCCUUAGCCAAGAUCAUACACCAUAUGACUUGGUAGCAUGGCAUGGUAAUGUCGUCCCAUACAAGUACGACCUGACAAAAUUCUCAUCUCAAAACUCAACCUCCAUCGACCACACUGACCCAUCAGUCAACUGUGUUUUGACAGCCAAGUCCCGCGACCCAAACACAUCAUUAGUUGACUUCCUCUGGUUCGGACCCCGAUGGGAUGUCGCAUCAAACACCUUCCGGUUACCAUAUUUCCAUCGCAACUCGGCCACAGAGUUCCUAGCCAGUUUGUAUGGCAAUGGAUUGGGUCGAUCUGACGAUUUCUUGCCUGGUGGUGGCAGUGUGGAGGUUAGUCAUACGCCACAUGGAGGGUUCAGCGAGGGUUACCAGUUUGAGAUGCGUGUCCAAGAAAAUGAGCCUCGACGGAUCCUUGAGAAUCAAAUGACUAUCAUGGUUGAAAGCAGUCGUAGCUUCCUCUUUACAGAAUAUGCGCGAGGCGGAUGUGGCACUUUCCACAACCAAGGAACAGACCCUAAAAUCUGGGACGUUCUUCCGGACAAGUUCUCCGCCUAUCCCGGAAUCCAGGAUAUUCUAGCCCAGGUCAAGGCCGAUAAAGUGGCCAGGAAAGAGCGUCAGGAAAUCUACUACAAUGACGACAGACUGGCUGAGCUGAUCAAGCCAGCGCAGAGCCAGACCGCCAACAGCGACAUCGGUGUUGAGACAAAAGAUGGCGUGGUUGAGCCUGUUGUCUCCACUGCAGAUACUACUGCUGCUACUACCAACGAUGUAGAGGCGAAAGACAGCGUGAUUGAGCCUGUUGUCUCCACUACAGAUACUACUGCUACUGCCAAGGAUGUUGAGGCGAAAGACCACGUUGAGUCGGUUGUCUCCACUGCAGAUACUUCUGCUCCUACCACCGGUGUUGAGCCCAAAGAGAGCGUUGUUCAUGUUGAGACGGUUGUCUCCACUGCAGCUACCAACGGUGUUGAGAGUGAUUGA